AUGCGGGAAUCACAACAACGUAAUAUAAUAAAUAGUACAUUUACACUUACUGAGGACGGAAUUCAAGAGGAAUUUGGAGUAAAUCAUGUCGGACACUUUCUUCUCACUAAAUUAUUAUUAUCAAAGAUUAAAACUUCACAACCAGCACGUAUAGUAAAUGUUAGCAGUAGUGGUCAUACUAGAGUUGCUGGAAUUGAGUUAGAGAAAUUAGAUGAUCCAAAUGCACAUGACUCGAGGCAACGUUAUAGACAAUCAAAACUUGCAAAUGUUUUAUUUACUGACGAAUUAAAUAAACGAUAUCUUGAAGGAGAACAAAUAUAUGCUAACUCUCUUUAUCCAGAAACUUUUCUGUCUUCUUCAAUUUCACCUGAAGAUGGAGCUAUCACUACCUUAUAUUGUGCUACCAGUCCAGAAAUAGAAGAGAAAAAUUAUCGCGGAAAGUAUUUUGUUCCAUUCGGUGUAGAAGGUGAAAAAUCUUCAUACGCUGAAGAUGAAGAUUUGGCUAAGAGGCUUUGGGAAUUUACGGAGAAUUUCAUAAACGGGAAAUUAUCGCAAAAUUAA